GACAGUGUUCAAAGCGGAGUGAUGCUUCUGUGGGUAGUCCUUUGCAGGAGGCGUGAAUAGGAACCUGCUUGGUCUAGCCGAAUGUGAAUGACCGAGGAAGUUCUGCGAGGGCUGUUCUUGUCCGAUCACGGCUCUUGUGAGGGGCUGCCGAUUCCCAGGAAAAGACCCACCGUCUUGGAAUUUUAUUUGCAUCUCUUUGUCAUUGAAUCUGAAGCAUUGUGAGGGGAAACGUAUGGCAGGCAUUAUGGGAGUUGUAGGCCAACAUCUGUAGGAGGGCCGAAGUUGAGCAGACCUGGUACUAUGAGAAAAUAGAUGAACACUGUUACAAGCAAUGUGUCCGGUGGUGGCAGCUCCCGCAGGCACGGACAAAACACAGCAUGGUAUCCGAAGUGGCUUCCUAUCCCAGAAUGGCAGUACCAUCUGUCCCCAAUACUGUGACUGACCGGGUUGUAGGGCGCUGGCUCCUAAUCUGCACUGGUACUGUGGCUGGAGCUGUGGUACUAGGUGGUAUCACUAGGCUGACAGAAUCUGGGCUUUCCAUGGUUGACUGGCACCUAGUGCGGGAGAUGAAACCUCCUCGGACACAGCAGGAGUGGGAGGCAGAAUUUCAAAAGUACCAGCAAUUCCCAGAAUUUAAAAUCCUAAACCAUGACAUGACACUGACAGAGUUCAAAUUCAUCUGGUACAUGGAGUAUUCACACCGCAUGUGGGGACGACUUGUGGGGCUAGCUUACAUCCUUCCAGCAGCCUACUUCUGGAGGAAGGGCUACUUGAACCAUUCCUUGAAGGGUCGUGUCAUUGCCCUCUGUGGGCUUGUCUGCUUUCAGGGCCUAUUGGGCUGGUACAUGGUGAAGAGUGGACUAGAGGAAAAGCCAGACUCUCAUGAUAUCCCUCGGGUCAGUCAGUACCGUUUAGCUGCACACCUGGGCUCUGCACUUGUUCUUUACUGCUACAGCCUGUGGACUGGGCUCUCACUGCUGCUGCCACAGCACAAGUUACCUGAAACCCGCCAAAUCCUCCUCUUGAGAAGGCUUGCUCAUGGAACAGCAGGUCUCAUCUUCUUCACUGCACUUUCAGGGGCAUUUGUGGCAGGAUUGGAUGCCGGCCUUGUUUACAAUUCCUUCCCGAAGAUGGGGGAGCACUGGAUCCCUACUGAUCUCCUUGCCUUUUCCCCAAUGCUGAAGAACAUCUUUGAGAAUCCCACAACGGUGCAGUUUGAUCAUAGGAUUCUGGGAACCUCCUCUGUUGUAGCCAUCACAGGACUGUACCUGCUUUCCAGGAAGAUUCUUCUCCCACGCAGGACUAGGAUGGCAGUGGCUUCCUUAGUGGCCGCAGCAUAUCUCCAGGUCAGCCUGGGCAUCAGCACACUACUCCUGUAUGUCCCUACUCCUUUAGCAGCCACUCAUCAGUCAGGCUCCCUGGUGUUGCUCAGUAUGGCUCUGUGGCUGAUGCACGAACUUAGGCGGAUCCCUAAAUAACCCUGCUCUCUUAGCCUUUUUUGCUUUUCUGGUGCUGAGGGCUCAGGGUUGCUGCCUUUACUACCUGUGCUGUAAGCUUCUCUGCCUGGAAGCCUGGACAGAAGAGGAGGACUGUGUGGAGCUAUAUUUUGACUUCAUGAUUGGGAGUACUUCAUUGCAAAGCUUGCUUAGUGUGAACCGCUCUCUGUCAAGCUGUAUGAAAUCUAUGUUCAAAGUGUGAGGUUCACAAGACUGCCUGUCUGCAGGAACAAAAUGUUUUAGCUGUGCUUGCCGACCAAGGCUGCAGCCAUGCACUGUCUCUGUCUUUAAAUCUGUGUAGGAUAGAGAUGACAGGAUUCGAAUAGCAGUGCAGGGUGACUGGGCCUGGAAUUUUGGAUAGACAACAAAUGAAAGAGCAUUGAGUACAUUCAGGACUGUACCAUAGGGAUGAUGUGAGGGCCGUAGUAUCCGGAAUAGGCAGAAGGACUGUGACUAUGAAUACAUGAAAUGGGAGUCUUUAUAGCAGUAUGUCCCAUGUUUUCUUUCAAGAUAUUUCCCUCCCCUCUGUUGGAAUAUUUAAAAGUAAACUACUAUAUUGUAAACGAACAGAACCACAAUUUUCUUAUCUUUAAAAAAUGGAGAUCACUUCUGGAUGAGCCUCCGUUUAUUCCAUGUUAAACUUACAGUCCUUACGCAUCUUCCUACUGUGGCUAAGGGAACGGCUGUAUUACAGUAUUUGUUGGUAUGGGGUAGUGCAAGUAUAGGAUUGAGUGGAAGGGUCAAGGCCAGGAUUAGGCUGGCACCUUCAGGCAGCUGUUGAUGGCUCAGACCUCAAGGGGGCCCACUAGCAUUGACUCUUAACCAGCUACUGUGGAAGUGCUGUAUCCCCUGGGAAGUUUGGGCCCUGUUGGCUGUGUUGGCGGGCUGCCCUGCUGUUCCUACACAGCAAGAUUUCCUCUGACUCGGAGGGCAAGUGCUCAUCACUUGUCCAUGAAAGUAGACAAAUGAGGGAUGGCACAAGAAAUAGCUACAACUAUUUGGGAGAACAAUUUGUUAUGGGGUGGCUAACAAAUAAAGUUUAUUAUUAUUAA